AUAUUUCCCACUGUGUAUUCUAAGAGCUUCCCGUACUGUUGACUUUCGCUCGCUAACGAUCACUCACGAUCGUUGGGAAACGCGCGCGUUUGUGCUUCGUCGUACUUCCAGACCGCUCUCUCCACAAAAUGCUCCACACAAAAUGUGCGCAGCAUCACACGCGGCAAACGAGAGGAGACGAUCGGUCACUCACUUCACUCACUCAGUCGUCGAGCGAAACUUGAUCCGUGCACGCGUGUACGCGCGCGCGCAUGCCUGUCCACACUAUCUUCCGUCGGCGUGAACGUGUGCGUUACCAGCAGAGCUUUUCCUGCGUGGUAUAACCGUUGCGAUCACUUCAUUCUGGCCGGUUCCGUCACAGCGAGCGGUUUGUUGCAAAGUGUACUUACGCUACCAUUUGUUGGGCAAAAACGUUUAAACAGCGCAAAGGGUGUUGUGAAGAUAGGCUUUUCCGUUGUUCGGUUUUCAUUAACAUUUCGUUAAGAAUCAGUGAGACAAGUGCUUGGAGUUACAAGCAUCACAAUUAGCUGGAAAAACGCUUUAGUGUGCAAGUGUUCGAAUUUCGAAUUAUUUUAAAUCGAUUUAUACUUUAAAUUACUUGUGAUUUGUGCUAGUGACGGUAUAUUACCAACGUGCCAGUUAGCAGAUUGCAUUGGUGAUUUUGUUUUCUUGUCGCAGUAAAGGUGUCACGAUGUUUGGCAAUCAAUUUCCGUUGUUGCUGCUGUUCGGCAUAGUACUGGUCGGGUGCGCUGUGGCAGAAAAAUCCGUAACCACUAAAUCCAUAAAGGCACACGAAACGGAUACAGCCUCCCAGACGGUGACGACCGGAAAAGCGAUCCGGCUGGGAAAGGCGAGCAAAAAGUCAACUCCUAUUACGUACAUCAAGACGCUCGCCAUGGACAGCACGUCCAACGAGCUGGACGGUCACCACGGUAUCCACAAGAACGCUAAUCGAUUCGCGCCGAAAUCACUUGACGUUUCGUCGAAGAAGGAUCUGAGCAAUGCUGAGCUGUUCGGCAAACUUGGCCUGGGUAAGGUACGUCCCGCUACCAAUCAUCACAAGAAACGCUUGGCGGAGGAGUCACGGCACUACGGACGACCGGACGAUUCGCACAUGUAUGUCAUCAAGCUGCCCCCGAACCCGUACUACUACACAAAUAACGCCCCGCUCAACAGUAUUUCGGACGUUGGCAAACAGGUCCCGGUUGGAUUCAAAUCGAAUGGUAAACCGGCACGCAUCUACCAUUGGAACAUUCCGGUACUGAAGAAGAUGCUCGGUGCAAAACAGAGCCGUCAUCCAAACUCGCGCCGCCACGAUGACAUUGAUGAGCUGAUUGACAUUAAGGAAAUUCCUACCUGGAGCAAACCGUGGGAGGCUGCACCGCGCGAAAAGUCACUGCUGAAGAUGGGUUCGCACGAGCGUGAAUCUGAGUCGCGUCUGGCCAAACGCAAGUUUCCUACAUACUACGCACCGGCCAAGAAGCAAACCGGCGGUGGAAAAUCGAAGAAGCACGCCUCUGGCAAAUACAACACCGGUAGCAAUGGCAAACCGCAAAGUUUCUACAUACUGGGCGAUAAGAGUAGCAGAACGAAGAUCAUGAGUCACCCGACGGUUGGCGUGUAAGCAGUAGUGGUAGUAAUUACUGGUGCAGUAGGUGCUAAGAUUAAUACUAACAGAGAGAUGAGAUAAGGCAGAAAUCAGAGAUAAACCACAACCAAACAAUGCGCUGCCGGAAGACGGCCGUACACCGUGGGUCGGAAUGCGGUAUAUCCGUUAUCGCUUUCAAACUGCUUCCAAAGGACUGCCCAACGUUUCUUCAACAUUUUACGGAAUGAGAGGGAAAUGAGAUUUUGUUUUAACAACAAAUUAUACUGUAUAUCUUAUACAAUACUCCAAGCUAUUACAAUCGCAAACAAAAGAAACGAGAAAGAGAGAAACAAAUUGGAAACUAGUACUGUAGGUUUUAAAAUGUCCUCUGUGCGCGGCUUCUUUCUUGCGGGCCAGGGUUGACUGCUAUCUAUCGCUUUACGCACCAAUGCGAAACGUACGGGUGCUGCUUUACUAUUUACUGUACUUAAAUUAUUGUUAAGCCUGUAAUCACAUUCUUCCACAUCUGGAAGUGAUGCGUAUGGAGUGUCUUCGUGCGCAUAAUGUGAUGAAUCGUGCAGAGCUGCCAACGCUUUCACUGAGCUGUAGAAUCGUUAAGAGCAACGUGCAUAACUUACUAUGUAAACUGUCUUUUUUUAACUUAAACAUUCUCGUAUCUGGACAAUCCAGCGACGGGAAGCUAUAGCUUGUUCAACGAACAAAUUAGUAUUCGAGUGCGAGAGAAUGAAAACGAUUGUUUUAACCAAAUUAAAACAUUCCAAUCAAACGAAACUAUACGCAACGUACUCUUACUCACGGUGCGUAUCGGGGGUUUGUUCUGCAAAUCCCAUUCGGGGUUGUUGCGGUGCUUACAUAUUUGUGGGUUGAUUAAGCAAAUGCUUGUAAAUAAAGGUAUCCUUAAUCUUAUUGGAAGAAAAGGUGGAAGUACUUAAGAACAUGAAUAUCCGAAGAACAGUAUAUCGUAGUUUGUAAAGUAU